CAGGUCAGAAGAUUUCAAGAUGACCGUUUCUGCAGCGAAUUGGCCCUCUGAGCAUUCAAAGGUAAAGAAGAAAAUUUUGCUAAGCUUUUCGUAUCUCUUUUUUGUGACCAGGCCCCCAAUUUUCGUUUACGGCGCCUAUUUUCUUAUUUCACAGAAGCAUCUGCGAGAUAUUCUUAAAUCAGAUGGACUUGGUAAUCAUUCCAGUGAACUUAAGUAAGUAUUGAACGAGAUGACACAUUAUGGUUUAUUUCAUAGUGGUUUACUUAAUUGAAACCUAAAACAGAUUUGAGUGAAAAGAAAGAAAUAUAAUACCCACAGGUGCAAUCGGCGGUAGCGAGUCGGUCUCCUAUUUUGCUUCAUUGUCUCAUAAAAAAAUCAUCUUGAGCUUCACUAAUAUUAGUAUUAUUUUUUUUUUGUGAGUGUGUGCAAUUUCUGUCAAUGACUUUUUUAUCCCUUAUUUAUCGCUUUGCUUCAAUUUUACAAAUUGACCAAUUUUUCAUUAGAAAGAAAAAUGGAACACUUUUUAUUCUUUUCUUUUGCAGUUUAAACUUUCUGAAAUUGAAAGUAUAUUACGGGCAGCUAAACUUUGAAGUUCUAGAUGAAGAGUAUGCAUAUACUGUAAGGAACUAUUCAUUCUAAUUUCUUAUUAUUCAGGCAAAUCCUAGUCUCCUAUCGCUGCCGUUCUUUGUGUGGUCACGCAAAGCUCUCCACACAAACAGGAAGGAGGAGAGUCGGGGAAAACGUUGAGUGAGCGUUGCGUGCGUGUCCAUACAAAAUGGAGGCAAAUCACUAAUAAGGAAGUAACAAAUACAUUUAAGAAAUACCCUGUUGAGUGGUACGUCCCCGUUGUAGCCCCAUUCUAAUCACGGAAAUUAGGGGGCUUAACAUGUUACGACAACUGCGACGGUAAUAAGGACGGCUGAAAGGCAUUAGGUUUAGAUUGGCAAAACAACAAAUCUGCACGCUUUUUUGUACAUUUUUUUGCCGUCUCUGCUUGACAUAAAAGAGCCUAAUUUCACGUUUUGUAGAGAGCGUGAACACUGGAGCAACGAUUUUCUUUUUCUUUCUUGAAUUUCAGUACAGUCUUUUAGAAUUCAACUCCAGGAAAAUUUGCCAAAAUUUGACGAAUUGCAUUGACCGAGAUGGAAUACACACGAUAACGUUUGAGACAGCGCCAAUUUACAAGUUAGGUGACGAUUUCGUAGCCGUCACCGUUGUUGUUGCUUACUGGCUCCCUAAUAUGGAUGUACUGAUAUAGAUCUUGAAUAAUGUUUAAUAAGUAAUUAGUUGAUUAAGGUAACCUUUUAAAUCUCACCGAGGCCUUGUUCGCAUUAGGACGAAAAAUAAUCACCAACUUUUCGUUUUUUUGCAACCUUGUUCACAUAUGAGACGCGAAAUUUUUCGUAUGACCAGAAAGGUCAAUUGAAGGAAGUGUUUUUUGGAGGAUGACCUGACGAGGGACAGAUGUCAAUGAACAAAGGAUUUUCCUGUCUGACAAAAAAUUGUCGGCCUUUGAAGUUUGGUAACAGCUGGCGAUUGCGAAAAUUUUGGUACGGAACCCUGUUAAUACGGUCACCAAUGGGCCAAAAACAUUUGGCCGUAUUAACGAGGUGACCGUGUUGACGAGAGUUUUUUUUUUUUUUCAAAGAAAAUGAAUGGUCGUUUUGCCGGGCGGCCAAAAAAAGUGGCCCCAAUAACGAGGUGACCGUAUUACCGAAGUGGCCAUAAGGCGGGGUUCCACUGUAGGUGAGAAAAAUCGUUCGCACUAGAAAUGGCUACCUGUUAGCAGAUUUUUUUGCAAAACAAACAAACUUUUGUGAACAGGGCCUAUGGCGGAGGAGACUAAAGAGUAGCACAAGGGGUGACACUGAAGCAGUUGUUAUAAGUAGACUGAGGUAAAAAGGUAAAGGCGCACACGAGCCAAAGAACCAAAUGGCGGGAGCGUAUUCCGGGUUUCCUUAACAAAAAGCAGGCCUAGGAGUAAUGCUUCACCCCUGGACGAAAUGCUAGUCCAUCGUAGGGUUACCCCACCCCCUCCCUCCCCACCCCAGCAUUAUGUCGCCGGUAUCCAUUUAUACACCUGGACACCUGGGCCGGGUCGUUCAAAGCUGCGUUAAGAUAAGCCAGGGUUAGUACGAAAUUUAAAUUCAGAUAUGAAAGCUUAAAAAGCAAAGUCAUUUAAUUCUUUUUGUCUACACUUUGGUGGUUGGAUGCUCUAGAAAAUUGAGAAAAUUAUUCGAGAAAAAGAAAGGUGGAUUAGAAUUAAAACCCCGGGUAAGCGCUAAUCCCAUCGGCUUUCAAACAACAGCGCCCUGGGUGAAGAGAGACAAAGGAGAGUAAAGUUCCUUGUCUAAGGAAACAACGCGGCGGGCGAGGCUUGAACCCCGGCCCUCCAGAUCCGGAGUUGGAAGUGUUAACCGCUCGGCCAUACACGCCUCCUCGAAGGGUUUAAGUACAGUUAGUUAAUGUCUCAAAUGUUUCUUGACAUCAACAGUUUGCACGCUUUCUGUCCGACAUUGGUGGCAUCAUGGGAAUGUGGAUUGGUAUCUCAGCGCUGACGUGU